ACGCCAGCACGUUGAGUGGUGGGGGCCGGCAGAAGAACUGCCCGAGCGAGGAGCGGCUGUUGGGCCUGGGCCGCACGGUUGUGGCGCGCGCUUUGGGGCCCCCGAGAGGCUGCUGGGCCGGGAUAACGGCCAGCGGCCACGGGGGGGAAGGGGGUGGGUGGGCUGAGAGCAGCUCGGCGGCGAAGCUGGCCCGCCACCCCUUCCCCCCACCCCCGUCGACCUUGUAGGCAGAAGCUUCCCGGCGCUCCUCACGCCGGCGCGAUGGCGACUGCUGCGGAGGCGGAGGCCUCUCCGCCGACGGACGCGAGCUGGGAAAGUGGCGGCGGCGGCGGAGAAGACGAGAUGAAGCAGGCGCUUCCGGAGCUUGAGUCCUCCCCACAAAAUGGCGGCGGCCUCAGCGUCGCGGAGCCCAGCGGCGGCGCCGGGCCUGAGGAGACCGCGGCUGCCGAGGCCGCCCCGAGCCUCUGCCACGAACAGCCUCAGGACUCCUGUGAGGCGGGCGCGGCCGCUCUGCCCAAAGGCCCCGAAGAGCCCGAAAGACCCGUUAGGAGGAGUUUUCAGAUACCCAGGAAGAGCAGAGAAAAGAAAGCACUUUUUCAGCCAUUAACUCCAGGCUCUCGGGAAUUUGAAGAUGUUUUAAAUAUUCUCCACUCAUCUUACCUUGAACCAACUUCAGUAACAAAUUUUAACUACAGACGUGCUUGCUUGAUACAUAAUGAGCUUUUGGAAAAGGAGUUUACAGAAAAGCGAAGAGAACUGAAGUUUGAUGGUCGUUUAGAUAAAGAACUUUCAGAAUCCUAUGCAUUUCUGAUGGUUGAUCGGUAUCAGGUUCAGAGCAUAUGUGAAAAAGGAUUACAGGUGGGCCAGUCCAAAAUAACAAUUCUUGGCAGUCCUUCCAUGGGUGUCUAUCUUUCUAGAUAUGCUGAUUUAUUACAAGCUAAUCCUUUGGAAGCUGGGGCAGUGGGCGAUGUUGUUAUUUUUAAAAUAAUGAAGGGUAAAAUAAAGAGUAUAUAUGACCCCAUGGGUGUAAAAAGUUUGGAAUCUAUAUUAAAUAAAAGUGCUUUGGACCCAACACCAAAGCAUGAAUGUCAUGUGUCGAAGAAUGCCAAUAGAAUUACAUCACUUUUGGCUUAUAGAGCUUAUGAACUUACUCAGUAUUAUUUUUAUGAGUACGGCUUUGAUGAGCUAAGGCGAAGACCGAGACACGUGUAUCCAUACGCAGUUGUGUCUUUUACUUAUAAAGAUGAUAUACAAACUCCGAAGUUUGUACCUUCAUCAAGAUCUAACAGCUUUAAUGCAGAUAGAAACACAGAUAAAUUUAACUACACGUUGUGGAAAGGACAGCUUUUAAAUAAAGGAAAGCUUUUGUGUUAUAUUUCUCUGAGGUCAGCCACUCGUGCUUUUUUGCCUAUCAAGCUUCCUGAGAAGUUAGAUGUUGAAACAGUUAUGAGUAUUGAUCAUCUGAAACAGAAAAUCCCUCCAGCGCUGUUUUAUAAGGAAACUUACUUAGGUCCAUAUGAAGUUUUGAAGAAUGGAAUGUAUUGCAGCCUCUAUGAAGUUGUAGAAAAGACAAGAAUUGGAAGUAACAUGGAAAGUUUGCUGCAAAAACUAGAGAAAGAAAAACUUGUUCUUGUUAAACCUUUGGGAGACCGAGGAUACCUUUUUCUUCUCUCUCCUUGUCAAAUGGUUUCUCCAUAUGAACAUCAUACUGCUAAGUCUCGAGUCUUACAUGCUUUGUUUCUAUUUCAAGAACCUAGAGGCAUAGUUACUUCACAGAAAAGUUCAACCAAUGCAGCACCACAGGAGAGACGUGAGAGCAUGCCAGAUGUAUUAAAAAUAACUCAGUUUUUACAGUUUGCUUUGAUUCAGUGUCGAAAGGAAUUCAAAAAUAUAAAUACUAUAAAUUUUCAUUCUGUUGUUGAAAAGUAUGUAAGUGAAUUUUUUAAGCGAGGUUUUGGUUCAGGUAAACGAGAGUUUAUCAUGUUUCCAUAUGAUUCACGAUUAGAUGAUAAAAAAUUUUUAUAUUCAGCUCCAAAAAAUAAAUCCCAUAUUGAUAAUUGUUUGCAUACCUAUAUUUUUCGGCCUGAAAUGUAUCAGUUACCUAUUUAUAAAUUAAAAGAGCUAUUUGAAGAAAAUAGAAAACUUCAACAGUUUAGUCCACUUUCAGAUUAUGAAGGCCAAGAAGAAGAAAUGAAUGGUACAAAAAUGAAAUUCGGAAAACGAAAUAACUCAAGGGGUGAAACUAUUACACCUGGAAAGCAGAAGUCAUCUCACUCUUUGGAUUAUGAUAAAGAUAGAGUCAAAGAAUUGAUUAAUUUAAUUCAGUGUAGGAAGAAAAAUGUGGGUGGGGACUCAGACACAGAAGAUAUGAGAAGCAAAACUCUCUUGAAGAGGAAGCUUGAGGAUCUACCUGAAAAUAUGAGAAAGCUCGCCAAAACCAGUAAUUUAUCUGAAAAUUGCCAUCUGUAUGAAGAGUCUCCACAGCCUGUUGGCUCACUUGGGCAUGAUGCUGACUUGAGACGGCAGCAGCAGGAUACCUCUAACUCUAGCAUUGCUGACAUCCAUAGGUUGUUUAAUUGGCUGUCAGAAACACUAGCAAAUGCACGUCAUUCUGAUGCAUCCCUGACAGACACAGUCAACAAGGCCUUAGGAUUGAGCUCUGAUGAUGCCUAUGAAGAGAUGAGGCAAAAGCAUGAGUAUGAGUUGAACUCUACCCUGGAUAAGAAAGAAUAUGAGCAGCCUACUUGUGCAAAAAUUGAAAAUGCACAUUUUAAGGAUACUCAGAGCCCACUGCUAGAAGUUGAUACAUCAUCUUUAAAGUAUCCUCUUGCUGUUUCUACCAGUGAAGUAGGCACUGACCAUAAACUACAUUUGAAAGAAGAUCCAAAUUUAAUUAGCAUGAGUAAUUUUGAAGAUUGCAGUUUGUGUCCCACUGUUCCCACUGAACAUGGAUUCCGUAGACAAUCUAAGUCAAAUAAUGUUGAAGAGACUGAAAUACAUUGGAAACUGAUUCCAAUUACAGGAGGGAAUGCAAGAAGCCCAGAAGACCAGCUGGGGAAACAUGGUGAGAAACAAACACCAGGUAUGAAAUCACCAGAAGAACAACUGGUGUGUCUGCCACCACAGGAGGCCUUUCCUAACGACCCCCGGGUAAUAAGUAGACAGAGAAGUUCUGAUUACCAGUUUCCAUCCUCUCCAUUUACAGACACACUAAAGGGCACCACUGAGGAUGACGUGUUGACAGGUCAGGUGGUGACAGUGGAGGAGCAGUGUGUGCCAGCAGCAGAACCACCUGCAAUCAGUGAAAUCACAGAAAAGACAGUGUUAGGAGAGUACAGUCUCUUUUCUAGGAAGAUAGAAGAGAUUCUGAAGCAGAAGAAUGUUUCAUAUGUCAGCAGAAAUUCCACACUUAUCUUUUCAACACAAGAGAAGAUGAAACGGCUUUCUGAGUUCAUAUAUUCUAAGACUUCCAAAGCUGGUGUACAGGAGUUUGUAGAUGGCUUGCAUGAGAAACUAAAUACUGUUAUCAAAGCAUCAGCCAAGGGUGGGAAUUUGCCAGCAGUCAGUCCUAAUGCUUCUGGUACUAAGAUAGCAUUGAGUCCUCUGGGAAGGCAUGUCAUACCAGUUUCCUCAAGCGACUUCAACAAUAAACACCUCCUUGAGCCACUUGGUAGUGAUCCUCUGAAAGACACCAACUCUAAUGAGCAGCCUUCCUCUUCAACUUUGGGUUUAACUGAAGCAGAAGUGAACCAGCCACACCAUGCCACAGAGCCAGUGGUGACUUCUGAUCAUACUGCCCGGGAACCAGUAGAAAAAGAAACAAAAUCGCCCAGUGAUGUAAACAUUUCUUCCCAACCAGCUCUUUCAAACUUUAUAAGCCAGUUAGAACCUGAAGUAUUUAACAGUUUGGUUAAAAUCAUGAAAGAUGUCCAGAAAAAUACUCUGAAAUUUUAUAUUCAUGAAGAAGAGGAGAGUGUGCUCUGUAAAGAAAUAAAGGAAUAUCUUAUCAAAUUAGGCAAUACAGAGUGUCAUCCAGAACAGUUUUUGGAAAGAAGAUCAAAAUUAGAUAAACUGUUGAUUAUUAUUCAAAAUGAAGACAUUGCAGGUUUCAUUCACAAGGUACCUGGCUUGGUGACUUUAAAGAAGCUUCCUUGUGUUAGUUUUGCUGGUGUUGAUAGUUUGGAUGAUGUUAAAAAUCAUACAUACAAUGAGUUAUUUGUAUCUGGAGGUUUUAUCGUUUCUGAUGAAUCCAUUCUAAAUCCAGAAGUAAUCACAAUUGAGAACCUUAAAAAUUUUUUGACAUUCCUCGAAGAACUUAGUACUCCAGAAGGAAAAUGGCAAUGGAAAGUCCACUGUAAAUUUCAGAAAAAACUAAAGGAACUGGGCAGAUUGAAUGCUAAAGCUCUGAGUCUGUUGACCCUUCUGAAUGUCUAUCAGAAGAAACAUCUGGUUGAAAUUUUGUCAUACCACAACUGUGAUUCACAAACUCGAAGUGCUCCAGAAUUGGAUUGCCUUAUCAGACUUCAGGCUCAAAACAUACAGCAGCGACACAUAGUCUUUUUAACAGAAAAGAGUAUCAAGAUGCUUUCCAGUUAUACCGAUAAUGGAAUAGUGGUUGCGACUGCUGAAGACUUUAUGCAAAACUUUAAAAAUCUUGUGGGCUAUCACAACUCAAUCACAGAAGAAAACCUUCCUUUGCUUGGUGCUAAUGAGAAUCUUGAGUCGCAGUCAGCUCUUUUAGAAAACGAUGAAAAGGACGAAGAGGAUAUGUCUCUGGAUUCAGGGGAUGAAAUCUCACAAAUAGAAGUAUGCAGCAAUUUUCAUUCAGAAAUAUUGGAGAAAGAGACCAAAGGAUCACGUGGAACAGAUCAAAAAAAGAAUAUUCAAAUUGAGUUGCAAUCGUCUCUUGACUUGCAAAAAAGUUUAUUAGAAGAGAAGACUUCUUAUGAAAUUGAUUCUGAAGAGAGAGCUUCUAUUGAUAUAGUAUGCUCUGAAGGAGAGAACAGUAAUUCAGCUGAACAGGAUUCAUAUAGCAAUUUUCAGGUUUAUCACAGUCAAUUAAAUAUGUCCCAUCAGUUUAGUCAUUUUAAUGUUCUCACUCAUCAGACAUUUCUGGGGACACCAUAUGCCCUUUCAUCAAGUCAGUCUCAACAAAGUGAAAAUUACUUUUUAUCUGCUUAUACUCAAAACUUGGAUAGAGAGAACUCUCCAUCUCCAUUAAGUUGGUGGAAAAGUGAUUCUUCCAGGCCGUUUUCAAAAGAGAAAUAAUUACAAUAACUUCUUUUUUUUAAAGUAGGUUGUUAUGAAUUUUUUCUGUUUCUUAAAAGUGAAUUAAAUUUAUACUUCAUUCUCUAAACAAAAGGUUUCGUUUCCUUUCGCAAAUGUUUUUCCUCUUAUUUAAAUCACAAUGGCCUGUAACAGUUAAAGCAUCUGAAAAUUGAAAUAAAU